AUGGAAGGGGACGCGAUUCUUUCGAGCAUGGAUUCCCUGUGGUUCUACUCCAGCGUCUUCCUCCGGCUGUCCUCCAAGCACAAGGAGAGCGAGUGUGCAGAAGAGCUGCAGCAAGAUUUGGCAGAAACCAACAAGACGACCAGCGGCCGCCCUUGCCGGGCCCCCAAAUGCGUCAAGGAGGCAGCGGCGCAAACAGGGCGAAGAGCAGAGGGCGGAAUUGUGCGGAUUGCGGCUGCGAGGGGUUGCAGCUGGGAGUGUGAUGAGCGCAUGGUUGCUUGGCACAAGGAGCAGAGGCGGCGGGCGCCCAUUGCUGCGGCGGCCCGAGCCCGGUGCUCGCAGGCGACGAUGCCGCCGCCCGGAGAAGGCGUGGCCAUGAAGGCGCAUCUCAGGUCGUGGGCUCACGCGGUCGCUUGCUCCGUCAGAUAA